UGGAUCUUUAUAAAGAAGGGACCGCCAUUAUAGAUAAUGAUGUAUUAAAAAUACAGAUUAGUUUGAAACAAUGUUUAGAAAUCCUUCAAAAGGACAUAGACAGCUACAUACAAACCGCAUCUGAAGAUACAAGUAUACUCCAUUCAGCUUUUAAAAGACAACUGGAAGCAGAGGCUAUUUUAGUCGAGCUUAAUCUGCUACUCAGCGGAAACUCCCAACAGAAAAAUAUUACAAAACAUGUAAAACUUCCUAAACUUGAAUUGAUGAAGUUUAAAGGAGAUAUACUGAAAUGGACAGAGUUUUGGGACAGAUUCCUGGCUAAUGUGCAUUCACAGAGUUUGACAGACUCUGAGAAAUUAGCAUAUCUGUUGAGUCUUUUGGAGGACGAGGCGAAGGACGCUGUACAAGGCCUCUCGAUAACAAAUUCCAAUUACAAGCUAGCAAUAGAAGCACUAAAUGCUAGGUACGGAAACCAACAAAAGGUCAUAGAUUCUCAUUAUGAGGCGCUAACGAAAAUAAGUUGUUGUGCAUACUCUGCAGAAGAAUGCAGGAAGAAUUUAAAUAAAAUAGACACUCAUCUAAGGGUACUGUCGUCUUUAAAUGAAAAUGUGGAAAGCAACUUCUUGCGGAGUCUCAUCAUGAACAAGUUUCCUGAAAGGGUCAUAUAUGAAUUAAAUCUCUUAUUACCUAACAAUCAGACUAUAACCAGUAUUAGAAGUACUUUAGAUGCUAUCAUAGUGGCAUUAGAGAAGUCCAAGGUGAAGGAACCUAUUCAAAGGGAGACGCCUGGCACCGCCACUACUGAUGCAUUAAUUGCCAUUGAUAAUAAACCUAGACCGAAAUACAAAAGGGGCAAACGAAUUUCAGGCUUCACACCUUUUACUAAACCAUCAUCGGAGAUGCCGUCAGGAAAUAAUAGGAAGCGAAACGCUACGUUCACCAAGGAAAAGGGAAUUAAGCGACCAAAAUUAAGCUGUAUUUUCUGCUCGGGAUCACACUUUAAUGAUGAGUGCACAUCUAUUAAGACCAUAGAGGGUAGAAAGAAAAGGUUAAGCGACCGCUGCUUUAUUUGUUUGAAAUUAGGCCAUCGUGUGAAUGAAUGUAAGAGGCGAAAACCGUGUUACCAUUGUAAAGGGCAGCACAAUCGUGCUCUGUGCCCAAAGCGAGAACCUGCAGACUGCAACAGCGCAGGUGAUUCACAAAAAUAAAAAACUAGAAUGUAGAUUACUUCUUGACUGCGGAAGUCAAAGAAGUUACAUUACCACUGGACUUGCCAAAACCCUGGAUUUGACUUUGAACAACAUGG